GUGAUAACUUCUUUAUUCUGUGGGUGAUGACACCAAUAACACGUCCGUAAAGUGUUGCUCUGCAGGAGCCUGCUCUGGGACUCAAACAAGCAUAUAACCAGGCCCUGUUGAUGCUUCUAGUUCGUACCUGGCUGCGAACUUGCAGUGCUGUUGUACCGAGACCAUUCGUGCAUGCUUCGUGCUUGCUAGCACAGCGUUUGUAGUGCGACCGAACUUGGGAGGCGUCACCGAUGGGUCCACCUGCCGACUACCGACGCCGCUGUGAUGUGAGGAGGAGGUCUCGCACGGACUGAAGUGAAAGGACACCCGUCAUUUUUCGCUUUGGAGAAAUCGAGCUUCAGGGUCAGCAAGACAAUGGCUGGAGAGCGAUGGGACAAGGAUAUCGACGAGGGAGUCGUUCGAAUAGUAGGGCAGCUGCAACUGCGUAAAUAUGGCAAGUUUAUGGAAGAUCUAACCACUGAAUUCAAGAUUAUCGAACAGUCGUUAGACGAGGGCAUCACGGAAGCAUGGGAUGUAGACUCCGACCUGAUUGAGCUGCAGUGGGUGCCUUACGAGAACACUACUCUCCUGGAGCUUAUUUCUACUGACAACAAAGUCCUCAAUAAAGUAAUGACUGUUCUUGCAGCGUUGUGCGCCGAGAUGAAGCAGCUUUGUCGUGAAGCGAAGUCGAGAUUUCAUGAUGCUCUCCUCUUUUACGGAGAAGGAAGUCUGUCCAGUAACAACGUGCCUGACGGCGAGUCGCAAGUCGCUGUAGGCAGAAUGAUCGGUCUAAUGCAAGACCUGUCUUGUCACGUGAGCCGGUGCUACUUAGUUGCAAAAAAUGUCAUUCAGCAAAUGUCUGCACUCUAUGACAGGAGCAAGACAUCCUGCGUUAUCGAUGUGACGGACGUCCAUUUCCAGACAGUCUUUGAGCACUUGGGCGAAAUGCUGACGUCACUUGUGACCCUGGACGAGGUUGUGCAAGCGCAAGGGGGCCUCCGUGAGCACUGGACGCUUUACAGAAGAAUGCUGAAAUCAGUACAUAACAACUGUGCGAAGUUUAGUGUAGUACCAGAAGACAUGAAAGCACUGGACAAAUUGAUGGGUGAAUUGGAGUACAAGCUCUUGCAAGGUCGCAUUUUCAUGGGCUGUGUAGAGCAAGGCUUUGAUGACAACACGCUUUGCGUGGCUAAGAAUGGUGCUUUUGCUGAGGAGUUUGCACUCAACAUACGUAAUUGGUUUGCACAAGUCGAUGCCAAACUUGGUGAAACAAAUGAGUUGGAUAAACGCAAGCAGCUUAUUGGGAUAUAUGCCCUUUAUGUUCUUUACUACUACAUCUACAGAAACAUAGACAAGAAAUUUUUUAAAGUUUUGUGGGAUGUUUACAAGAAGGUGCCAGCAGUGCAUAUUUUGGGCAACAUUCUAUGGUUUCCAGACCAGUUCUUGUUGCUACAGAUGCCUCAGGUCAUGCGCUCCUUGGACAAAAAAGCACAAGAUGCUGUGAAAACACAGCGGCUCGGCUACCUUCAGCAGAAGUCUGCAGUGCUCUCAAGAGAUGUUCAGGCACUCCACGUACAGGUUUCUUCUUGGCUUGUCCGCAUGGAGUCCGUUUUCCAGAAAGAUACAGACAAACUGCUAGAGGACCUGAAUCGUCGUAGUUCUCUGCUACUUCAGGGUAUCUACUUGACAUGGUACAUCUCUUAUCAGGUAAAAACUUUAAUGAACUUGCAUGUAUCAUUGAACAAGCCAAUGACAAAGUCAUCUGUUCUGCAACUUUGCAAGAUGAUUGAGAUGAUGAAAGCCAUUGAAAGCAUGUUCCAUCGGCAAACAAUGAAAAUCUGUGAUUCUGUCACUCACAUUGUGCAGCAUUUGACCUAUGUGGCCUUAUUUGCUGUUAGUAAUGCCAAGAAGAGGCUCAUUUCUGACAAGAAAUACAGUGAACGCAGGCUAGAUGUUCUCUCUGCACUUGUGCUGGUUGAGAAGUGCUUGAGCGGCCCAGCUACAAAGGAAAGACGACUGAUCAUCCAUCUUGCCAUUGCCGUUGGCGUGCAGAUGAAAUGUUUCAAAGAUGAAGAAAUUGCCUCCUUUUAUUCUGUGAUGCGAAAGCUCGACUUGAUUGGUGAACUACAUGAGAAACUUCAACAAGGUGCUGAUGGGAGCUUUUUGUAUUGGCACAGAGUGGUAUUCCCUAUCUUUUUGGAUGAUGUAUAUGAGAGUGCUGUGGAUGGGCAUCGCAUUCACUACCUUGUUGCUGCACUGAAGGACACUGGUAGAGCAAUUAAAACCACCAAGCACGAUUCCAAUCCACAGGCUAUCCUUGACAACUUCAGAGAAGAAAUAUAUGGGCAAUUCAAGGAGCACAUUUUGGACAAACUCUGCAAGGAUGUAGAAACAGAUUUACGUUUGCAGACUCAUUGCCACCUUCAACUUGAUGACCGAAACCCAUUCCGUGUGGGUCUCAAGGACUAUGCCCAGAUCCUGCACAUUCGACCCAUAAGGCUGUUUGGCCAAGUCAUCAAUGUCAAGGCAUAUGUGGAGCACUACCUUGACAAAACCUUUUACAACCUGACAACGGUGGCACUUCACGACUGGAAGACUUAUGGUGAAAUGCGCAGCAUGGCACGACAGAAAUAUGGAUUGACUACAGUUGAAGACCACCUUCCUAGCCAAACUUUAGAACAAGGUCUGGAUGUGCUUGAGAUAAUGCGCAACAUCCACAUUUUUGUCUCUCGCUACUACUACAACUUGAACAACCAGAUUUUUGUGGAACGCACUAGCAACAAUAAACAUCUGAACACAAUCAACAUUCGGCAUAUUGCCAAUUCCAUUCGUACACAUGGCAUAGGCAUCAUGAACACAACAGUCAAUUUUACAUACCAGUUUCUGCGAAAGAAGUUCUACAUCUUUUCCCAGUUUUUGUAUGAUGAACACAUCAAGUCUCGACUCAUCAAAGACCUAAGGUACUUUAGAGAGCUCCGGAGCCAGAGCGAUCCAAAGUAUCCAUUUGACCGUGCAGAGAAGUUCAACCGUGGCAUCCGCAAAUUGGGCCUGACACUUGAUGGUGAAAGCUUUCUGGACCAGUUUCGCACUCUUGUAAGCCAGGUAGGCAAUGCAAUGGGAUAUGUGCGCAUGAUCCGGUCAGGUGGGCUGCACUGCUGCAGCAACGCCAUCCAGUUUGUGCCUGACCUGGAAUAUGUGGCUAAUUUUGAAGAGCUGUCUCGGGAAGCACUGCUGGGGGAUGAUUGCACAGAAGCAGCUCGUAGGCUGGAUGCUGUAGUGGCAAGCCUAGCCAAGAAUUUCUCUGAGGGCAGUGAGUACUUUCGCCUUCUGGUUGAUGUCUUCUCUCCUACUUUCCGAGAUCCCAGCAACAUGCACCUGAGAAACUUUUUUGUUAUUCUCCCACCGCUGACCCUCAACUAUGUUGAGCAUGCAGUUUCCUGCAAGGAGCGAAUGAGUCGUAAAAACAAAGUCGGGGCAGCUUUCACUGAUGAUGGCUUUUCCAUGGGUGUGGCAUAUAUCUUGAAACUGCUGGACCAGUACCAAGACUUUGACUCACUGCACUGGUUUCAAUCAGUGUCUGAGAAGUUCCAAAAAGACACUGCUCAAGUCAGGGAGCAGAAGAAAGAAGCAGCUGGCAAAGAAGAUGAAAAGUUGCAGCAAGCAAUGUCACUAACAGGAAAGCGCCUGGAUACUUACCGGCAUGAGUUUGACCUUCUCAACUAUUCCUUGAGUAGUGCACGCAUUUUCUUCCGUGCAGACUUGACUGCAGAAGAGGAGAAACAAGAAAAUACUGAUGAUGGCACAAUGGCUUGUGAAUAGCAAGGCUAACCUUCAUGGCCGUUGUCAUGUCCACCGGCUGCAUGUUGCAGUUACAGCAAUACAGCACAGCCGUUGAAUGAGGGUAUCUGCCCUUUCAAGUGAACUGAACAGAUUCCACUGAGCAAUCUAGUCUGAUUUCUUUGGGAGCAUAAUAUUUGUUCUGUAAAUAUGUUGUUAAAGGGCCUGUCAAAAUGUUUCUUGUAUCGAAUACACAAUGCAGCGACAUAUGAAUUUUGGUGAUUAAAGGAUAAAUUUUGAUACA